AAGCACCCCUGACCCGUGGACCUUCCAAGCCAACACAAGACUCCAAGAGCACUUCCAGCCUCCAGACACCACAAUGCACUUCUCCACCAUCCUUAUCGCUACCCUCGCCGCUGCCGUCUCGGCCGGCCCAACUAUGAAGCGCCAGGCUGCUUGCCCGGAGGUCGACAACAUCCCAGCCUGCGGUUACCCCUGCAUCGCCGACGCCGUCGCCGCUGUUGGCUGUGCUGAGACCGAUUACUCGUGCAUGUGUGGCAACUUUGACACGGUCCAAUCCGGCGCCACGUCGUGUGUCCUUGCCAACUGCGAUCUUACCAAUGCCUUGGCUGUGCUCUCUGCGGCUCGGGCCGUUUGCGAUGCCUGCGCUUGAGCAGCUGUUGGCAUCCUUGCUACCUGUACCUUAGGACCGGGAUCGCACCGGUGUGGAGGUACAGAUACAUAUCGGAUGGUCUGCUCCAAGUGUCAUUCAACAACUCUCCAGCAAUGCUAGCUACCUAGUAAUAAUACUGAGGAGGUUAUUCCCUUGCCUGUUCUCUGAUGCCCAAGUGAAGCUCCAUGAGGGUUAAUGAUUCCCUAUAGCCUCCAUCAGGAAUAGACGUCUGUUUUU